ACUGAUAAAGUCUCUGAUAGUUGAAUAGGAGAUCUAGGGUUCAAUCUCCGCCUACACCAAAAACUGAUUGGUAUCCCAAUUCCUCACGAAAUUUCCUCAGCUCCCCAACUUAAUACUAAUAUUUUUCGUCUUCAAUAAUUGUCUCUCUGUUUUUUCUCUUCUCAAACUGAGCUCUCGGAAAGUUUUUGUACCACCAAUUGUUCAAGCAUAUUCAUCUCCUCGACCUUGACAACGUGAUCCGCACCCUCAAGUUCGAGAUUUGCCAACAUAUUUCCAAUGUCUUCCAUUAGCACUCAAAAGGCCUCCUCUUUGUCAUCAUUUUCAUCUUCAGCAUCACAAUGGAAAUAUGAUGUCUUUCUUAGUUUUAGAGGUGAAGACACCCGCAAUAGUUUUACGGACCAUCUCUAUGUUGCUUUGAAACAAAAGGGCAUAGUCAUCGUUAGAGAUAAGGAAAAACUUGAGAGGGGAAAAUCAAUUUCACUAGAGCUCUUGAAAGCAAUAGAAGAAUCAAGAUUUGUGAUUGUCAUUCUCUCAAGAAACUAUGCAUCUUCAACAUGGUGCUUGGAUGAACUUGUAAAGAUCAUGGAAUGCAUGAAAGAGAUGAAAACGACAGUUUUUCCAAUUUUUUAUGAUGUAGAUCCAACUAAUGUACGAAAACAAACAGGCACUUUUGCUGAAGCCUUUUCCAAACAUGAAGAAAAUUUCAAGGACUUCAUAGAGAAGGUACAAACUUGGAGAGCUGCUUUAAGAGAAGUGGCAAAUCUCAACGGCUGGCACCUACUAGAUAGGUCUGAGGCACAAUUUAUCCAAAAUAUUGUGGGAGGGUUAUGGCAUAAAUUGAGUUAUGCAUUCUCAGAAGAUAUUGAAGACCUUGUAGGAAUAGAAUCUCGAGUGAAGGAAUUGGAGUCAUGUUUGGCUAUAGGGUCCAAUGAUGUUCGCAUUAUAGGGCUUUGGGGGAUGGGGGGAAUAGGCAAAACAACUCUUGCUAGAGUUGUUUUUCAUAUGGUUUCUGAGAAGUUUGAAGGUUGUUGCUUUCUCCCUAAUGUUAGGGAGGUUUGUGAAAAAGAUGGUUUAAUUCCAUUGCAACAACAACUUAUUAGAAACAUAUUAAAUGAAAUUAUGAGAAUACAAGAUGUUAAUGUGGGAGUUUUUGUGAUCAAGAAUAGAUUACGUCAUAAAAGAAUUCUUCUCGUUCUUGAUGAUGUAAAUCAAUUAGAUUAGUUGAAAAGGUUAGGUGGGAAGCAUAAUUGGUUUGGUUCUGGUAGUAGAGUUAUCAUAACUACAAGGGAUAAGCAUUUGCUACGUAUACUUGAAGUAGAUAAAAUAUACGAAGUUGAAGGAUUGAAUGUUGAUGAAUCUCUUCAUCUUCUUAGUUUGAAAGCUUUUAAAAAAGAUUAUCCUCCCAAUGAUUUUCUAGAGAUGUCCAAAGAGGUUGUGCAUUAUGCAAACAGACUUCCUUUAGCUAUUGAGAUUUUGGGUUCCUUUUUGUUUAGUAGAGAUAUCGAUCAAUGGAAAAGUAUAUUAAAUAGUCUUAAAGAAUUUCCUAGGAGUGAAAUUCUCCAAGUACUUAAAAUAAGUUUUGAUGGACUAGAUGAAGUAGAGAAGGAAAUAUUCCUACAUAUUGCAUGUUUUUUUAAUCAUGGAUUCAAAAAUGAAAAAUGAUAUAAUAGAAAAACUAGAUUAUCUUGGCCUUUACCCUAAUGCUGGAUUAGGGGUUCUUAUAGAUAAAUCUCUCGUAAAAAUGGAUGAAACUAUAUGGAUGCAUGAUUUACUACAAGAAAUGGGUAGGAACAUAGUUCAUCAAGAGUGUCCUAAAGAUCCUAGAAAGCGUAGAAAAUUGUGGUUAUUUAAGGACAUUGACGAUGUACUAACAAAAAAUAUGGAAACAGAAGCAAUUCAAUGUGUUGGUUUGAAGUUGUCAACAUCGGAAGAGGCACAUUGGAAUCCUGAAUCAUUUUCAAAGAUGCUACAUCUUAAAUUGCUCAUAACUGAUAAUGUUUACCUUUUGCAUGAUCCCAAACAUCUUCCUAAUGGCUUAAGAAUUCUUGAUUGGGACAUGUACCCUUCAAAAUAUUUUCCAUCAAGUUUCCAAUCAAAGUCAUUUCAGAGGUUAAAAUCCAUUCAAUUAUGCAAGCCUCUAAAACUUAGUGAAACUCCUAUCUUCAUCGAAGUCCUAGUCCUUGAGAAAUUGGUUCUUGAAGAUUGUUUAAAUUUAUCCAGGUUGCACCCAUCAAUUGGAGUUCAUAACAAGCUAACUCUUCUUAGCCUAAAAGGCUGCAAAAACUUAAAAACUCUUCCAAACAAAUUCGAAAUGAAGUCUCUUGAAACUCUUAUUCUUUCUGGAUGCUCAAAAAUAAAAAAGAUUCCAGAAUUUGGGGGAAACAUGCAACCUGUAUUGGAACUUUUCUUAAAUGGAACUCCUAUUACAAAACUGCCCACAUCAAUUGGGCAUUUGACUAGCCUCGCUUUAUUGAAUAUAAGAGAUUGCAAAAGUCUUACGUGUCUACCAAGUACACUCUUUAAUUUGAAGUUUCUUAAAGACGUGAAUAUUUCUGGAUGCUCAAAACUUGAGAGACUACCUAAGAAUGUGGGGAACUCUGAAAGUAUAGAGAAGCUGGAUGUGAGUAGAAUUGCUAUAAGAGAGGUGCCCUCUUCAAUUGGCCAUUUAACCAGCCUUGCUUUAUUAGGUAUAAGAGAUUGCAAAAGUCUUAUGUGUCUACCAAGCACCAUUUUUAAUUUGAAGUUUCUUAAAUAUGUGAAUAUCUCCGGAUGCUCAAAACUUGAGAGACUACCUGAGAUUGUGGGGAACGUUGAGAGUGUAGAGGUGUUGGAUGUGAGUGGGACCGCUAUGAGAGAGGUGCCUUCUUCCAUUGGUCACUUAAAAAAUCUGAAUGUGCUAUCUUUUAGUGGAUGUAAGGGGUUAUCAUCAUUUCAAUCUACAUCUUGGUAUGACUUCCUCCCUUUUUCUACAAGGCCAAAAAGUCCAAAUCCAGUGGGAUUGUCCUCUCUAUCAAGUUUGUGUUCUUUGACUGAAUUGAAUCUAAGCAAUUGCGAUCUCAAGGCAAUUCCCAAUGAUAUCGGUUGCUUGUUCUCUUUAAAAGAAAUAGAUCUAAGAGAAAAUAGUUUUGUUUGCCUUCCUGAUAGCAUCAGUUAA